UCCCUCCCUCCUCCUGGAGGCCGCCGCCCUGCUGACUGCUGUAACCCGAUGAAGGGCCCAAGGCGCUGAGGGGAAUUGCUAAUUUGGGCGCCUCCGUCGGCUGCUGCUUCUGCCGCUGCUUCUGCUGAAGGGCCUCGGCGCCCUGCCCCAGCCACUCCCCGCCCUGCCAGCCUCGGCCCAGGGGAGCUGCUGACGCCUCGUUUUCCUACAUCCAGCUGGACAUACCAUGAUGCCUUUUGGAGGUAUGGCUGCCAAGCUGGAAAGGGACCGUCUGCGAGCAGAAGGCGUGGGUGAUCACCACAAUGCUGUUAAAUACCUUGGCCAAGAUUAUGAGGUCCUGAAGCAGGAAUGUUUGGAGAGUGGCACAUUAUUUGAAGACCCUCAGUUUCCUGCCAUCCCUGCUGUCCUUGGCUUCAAAGAACUGGGGCCAAAUUCUGGCAAAACCCGUGGAGUGCGCUGGAUGCGCCCAUCAGAAAUUGUGGAUGACCCCCAGUUUAUUGUUGGAGGUGCUACAAGGACAGACAUCUGCCAGGGGGCUUUGGGUGACUGUUGGCUGCUGGCUGCUAUUGGUUCCCUGACUCUCAAUGAGGACCUUCUGCACCGAGUUGUACCCCAUGGUCAGAGCUUCCAGGAGGACUAUGCAGGCAUCUUCCACUUCCAGAUCUGGCAGUUUGGUGAAUGGGUGGAUGUGGUAGUAGAUGAUCGACUACCAACCAAAGAUGGAGAGCUAGUAUUUGUGCAUUCAGCAGAAUGUCAGGAGUUCUGGAGUGCUCUACUGGAAAAGGCAUAUGCUAAGUUGAAUGGCUCUUAUGAAGCCCUGUCAGGGGGCAGCACCACAGAAGGCUUUGAGGACUUCACAGGUGGUGUGGCAGAAAUGUAUGAUCUUAAGAAGCCACCUCGUGACCUUGCCAGGAUAAUUUGUAAGGCUCUUGAAAGGGGGUCCCUACUUGGCUGUUCCAUUGAUAUCACAAGUGCAUUUGAUAUGGAAGCAGUCACUUUCAAGAAGCUAGUGAAGGGUCAUGCCUAUUCUGUCACAGGAUUCAAGAAUGUGGAAUAUCGUGGCCGACAAGAAUCACUCAUCCGUAUAAGGAACCCCUGGGGUCAGGUAGAGUGGACUGGAGCCUGGAGUGAUAGCUCUUCUGAGUGGAAUGAAGUGGACCCCGAUCAGAGUGAAGAACUGCAAUUAAAAAUGGAGGAUGGUGAAUUCUGGAUGUCUUUUCAAGACUUUAUGCGUGAGUUUUCCAGACUGGAGAUCUGUAACCUCACCCCAGAUGCUCUGAACAAGGAUGAGUUAAGCAAAUGGCACACCACUCUGUAUGAAGGCUCCUGGCGCCGGGGCAGUACAGCUGGCGGCUGCAGGAACCAUCCAGCAACAUUCUGGAUUAAUCCUCAGUUCAAAAUCAAGCUUUUAGAAGAGGAUGAUGACCCCGAGGACGAUGAGGUGGCUUGCACUUCCUUAGUGGCCUUGAUGCAAAAACACCGCCGAAAAGCACGCCGAGCUGGAGAGGACAUGCACACCAUUGGCUUUGCUGUCUAUGAGGUUCCUGAGGAGGCACAGGGCUGCCAGAAUGUCCACAUGAAGAAGGAUUUCUUUUUGAGGAACCAAUCUCGGGCACGCUCAGAAACCUUUAUCAACCUGCGGGAAGUAAGCAAUCACAUUCGCUUGCCCCCUGGCGAAUACAUCAUAGUGCCCUCUACCUUCGAACCUAACAAGGAAGCAGACUUCGUCCUGCGUGUCUUCACAGAAAAGCAAUCUGACAUAGAGGAGUUGGACGAGGAAAUCUCUGCAGAUCUGCCAGAUGAGGAAGAAAUCUCUGAGGAUGAUGUGGAUGAAAACUUCAAGAACAUGUUCCGUCAGCUUGCAGGAGAGGACAUGGAAAUCAGUGUCUUUGAACUCAGAACAAUCCUAAACAGAGUCAUUGCAAGACACAAAGAUCUGAAGACAGAUGGGUUCAGCUUAGAUUCUUGCCGCAACAUGGUCAACCUGAUGGAUAAAGAUGGCAGUGCUCGUUUGGGGCUUGUGGAGUUUCAGAUCUUGUGGAACAAGGUCAGGAGUUGGCUGAACAUAUUUCGUCAGCAUGAUCUGGAUAAGUCGGGCACCAUGAGUUCCUAUGAGAUGCGUCUGGCAUUGGAAACAGCUGGAUUCAAGCUGGACAACAAGUUGCACCAAGUGGUGGUGGCCCGAUAUGCUGAUGACUCAUUGGGUGUGGAUUUUGAUAACUUUGUUUGCUGUCUAGUCAAGAUGGAGACCAUGUUCAGGUUCUUCCAAAGCAUGGAUCCUGAAGGCACUGGCAGUGCUGUGAUGAACCUUGGUGAGUGGCUGACAUUCACAAUGUGCGGCUAAAGCAGAGGUGAAGCUUCUUGCUGCAGUGACCCUGUUGGACUGGGCCGCCCCAAGUGCCUCCACAUCAGGCUGACACAGGAUGGCCCUACCCAUCUCCUUUUUCAUUAAUCCACUGCUGAGCAAGAUGCCUGAUUCCUCCUCUUCCCUUGACCACUGACACAGUAGUGUCCCAUGAUUUAAGCACCCUUUCUCACACGUAUUACUUGCUGGGGAUCAAUAUCUCUGUAGAAAUCAGGGCAGAGAGGAGGCAGCUCUUUCCUACUGUGAGUGUACCCCCUGACAUCACUAGAUUUGCUGGGGCAAGCAAGAGAGGGGCAUGAGUGUAUGCUGGCUUUGAUGUAGCUGUACUUAUCAGGAGGGGAUGCCUUCAGAGUUGCCUGUUGCUUCCCCUAAAAGGUUGGCCUUUUUACACCACUUGCAGCUUUUACUCAAUCUGGUCUUGCAAGAAAAUCAUCAGCUGUCUCUUGGGAUCUUUCUACACCCCUCAUCUUUGCUUUUCACUGGUAAAUUUAGUGGCAAUGGGAGAAGGGAUCUGAGCCGUUAAUUCAACUCUGUAGUCUUACAUAAAUGAAUACCCCCACCCCAAGUGGUAAAGUCUUUUGCUGAGAUCAUAAAGGAGCUCAUUUUUUCAGAAUUAUUGCAACUAUUCUCCCUGCAUAGAGCAUUUUCCCUUGCAAAAAUACAAAAUAUCAGGUAAUGCAUAAGAAUUAUUGGUUCGAAAACAAUAGCCUCUUCCAAGCAAAAGGCAUGAAGAAGCACUUGCAUAAAAUCCCAGAUUCUAGGACGCUGAGAUAAUGGUCCUGGUCCCAAAACUAAGUGCUGUGCAUCAGGAGUUCUGUGCCCUCUACAUAAAGCAGGCAAGGUUAUUCUUGGAACCUGUAAGUGCAAGAUUCAACUACAGAGUGAAAACAAGUCAUCCUACCAGAUUUAUGAAAAACCUCAAGUAGAAAGAAGGGAAGCAAUUUACUUCUUAUUAGUGACCUCAGUGGCCUCUCACACAAAAAAAUGCUGCAGGUGGCUUCAUCUGUCCUUGGAUAUCUGUAACGGAUGAGACUGGCUGUGAUUAACAACAAAUUCUUUUUGGAGCAGACUUCAAAAAAAUCAAAGCAUCACAACUGAUUUCCUGACACUUGAGUCUUUAAGUUUCAUUUUUACCCCUCUAAUUAAAAAACAUAGCCAAAUUUUUAGAACUUCUAGUAGGGGGCCCUACAGGUUGCCACAAACAUGUCCUUGGCUUUGUGUAGUACAUGUGCUAAAUGACGAUGUCUGCUUCAGUAUGGAGGGCUCUUUCCUUCAUCAGUCAGAAAACACUGGGCAUUCUUUCCUCAGUGGAUUUUAGCUGAGGGAACUAAGACAAAAAACAGAAGUGGCUGGAAAGACAUACAAACUAUCAUACACAAUUAAAACCUUUCCUGGAAAUAUCUAGCAUCUCUUAAGGGUUAAAAAUGAAGCCUGCUGGUUUUGAAUCUUUUUUUUUGUCUUGUCUCCCAACACUGUCCCAUACAGCUCAGAAAAUAAACUGGGAGUAACUAAUACUGCAGCUUUGUUGGAGCUGCAAGCAUGAAUAUGACCACUACAAGCAAUAUGCAAGCAUUCUGAGUAAUCAGGCUAGCGCAACCAAAGGACAGAGUCCCCUUCAAUAUAUUACUCCUAGCCCUGCCUCCAACUUUCUCUUUGGCCUUGGCUCAAUCCUUUUUCUGCUUUUAGUUUUUCCACUCUAGAGAUUUCUUCUAGAGAAGCAAAAAUAGGGGAGAGUAUUACUCACAAAUUGUUCCUUAAUGCUGAAUUGCUACAGUGCUGUUGCACGAAGCACUCUAUCAUACUAUGCUUCUCUGUCCCUCAGAAGCUUCAGAAUCACAGUAGAAUUCCCACCUAAGCAGCAGUUGCAAGCAGCUGAUUUUCACCUGCAGAUAAUUGGUGCAGGAUUGGAUUUAUCUUUGAACCAUGUCCUUCUAAUUGUUAUAUUUUGGAGUAACUUAACAGAACAGCAACUAUCAAGAAGAUUUGCCAAUCUUUAAUGCUGCUCUGACAUGGAUUGGAAUCUCUAUUCCGCACUUAAGAUGUAUGUUUGAAAAAAGUAUAAACCAAGCUAUCAGAGGGGGAAAGAGUAAACAUUUUCAGUUACUAUCCUAUAUAUGGAAAUUGCAAUUGCCCUUUUUGCUUUUACCAGUCAUGCCUGGCAUUUGACAGGCUUUUAAAAGUCCACAGUUUCAGCUCUGUCAUUUUAUUUGUGUGCCAGACAAAAUGAUUCAGAUGUAAUAAAAUGUGGAUCUGGCAGUUUUCAAAGGCAUGACAGAGCAAGGUGGAAGUUUAAGUCAGUAAGAGGAAGAAUGUGGACAUGAAGGUGGGCAUUCAGGUCUCAGUGCAGAGUACUUCUGACAGCAGGAAGCUGGCAUGAAGAGUGCUGGGAUUUUCCUCUUAGUAGAAAUUGUGUUUCGCCAUCCCUCCGCUGCCAUCUUCUCUAAACACUGCCAGUGCAUUCCCAGGUUUGGUUAUCCCAUAAGAAUGUUUAAAAUUCUUGAAAAGGAAAUUUUAAAAUACUUUAAACUCCCAAGAGGAGAAAAGGUGCCAAGUAGCCAUUCCCAAUAUGAGGCUUCUGCAGGAUCACCAAAAUGCCAUCCCUCAUCUGAUUAAGGAGAGCUGGAGUCGUGUAAGCAGUAGAUGCAAGCCAACUAUAGUUCAUUACAGAACUUUUCAUAACAGAACCUUUGGUAACAAAACUCCCUGAAUCCUCCCAAGUAGCAUGACUUGUGGCCAUGUUGAUUUGGGGACUUGUAGUCUAAGAAGUAAUUUUUUAAGCUUUGGUUUGGGAUGAUAGAUUGAUAGGAAAUUGUUAGACUAGAUGUAGCAAGAUCGAAAUUACAGAAGGAAAGUAGUGAAUCAGAUCAUGUUGUACUGUCUACAUACUUGCCCUCUUGUGUGCCCCCUUGUCUUCCAUAUGGACAUUCCAGCUCCUGGUUACAUUUCUUUCUUCACAGCCCCUCCACCGCUGGUGCAGUGCAAUAUUUCCCUAGGCAAUGCCAAUCCUGACUCCUUCAUGCCUUAUGCCUGCAUCCAGUUGGCAGAGUGGCCUUACUGCUUGAUUAAAGGGCCUCAUCCUCCUGCUGCUUUUGAAUUCCUGCAGAAUAUGGUUCCAAUGAUAAACCACUUCAACUCAAACAGCAGGGCUGCCUCUUCAGCUCAAUUUGCAAUAUAUGUGAAAUAAUAAAUAGAGAUAUAUCAAAAUUG